UCUCUCUCUCAAUUUGAUGCGUGCGUCUGUCCUCAAGUCCCUACCCAUAUACUACUUCAUAAUAAUAAUCAUAUAGAGAACGGAGGCAAGGAAUUAAGGUAGCUCGCUCCGAGUUAAGAGUUGCGUCAAACAUUGAGCCCUGCAGGUACAUACGUUUAGUCGGAAGAUGAAUUCUUGGGUUCGAACGUUCACAUCACCAUUUAGAAAAGCAUGCACUUUCUUGACCAAUCAAGAUCCAAGCCCAACCACAUUUACCCGCAGGGAUGAUCAGCACAACAAGUCUCAGCAAGCUGGGCAUUGUGUUCAGGAUCUGCAUGGGGAAGUGAUGGCUUGUGGUUACGAGGAUGUUCAAGUGAUGUGGUCCAUCUUGGACAAGUCCCAAUUAACCACCACCACCACCCAUCAUAACCAGCUGGAGCAAACAACACAUCAUUUCUUGAGGGAGGGCAUAGUCCGUUAACCCAAAAGCCUACUAGAACCCAAAUGCAUGCUAGCUAGCUUGCAUUGUAACAAUUCAAUCAUGGCCACUCCUUGCUUCUUUGUUGUUUUGUUAUUUUCCUGUGUGUAAAUCUGGAAUCCCCUUGAUCAAUGAGGAUCAUGGCGAGAUUUUUCAAAUUGGAACUUUUGUUAUUUCUAUAAUAGAUAGACAUGCAACAAACCUCUGCUAAUUUGCUUUACUUUAAUUGUGUUCCUUCGCUUGUUCGUCUCUGUUAUGUUCACUUCAUAGGAAGAGUAGGUUGCUCUAUGCCCUACAGUCCUAUAUAUGUUCUGAGACUUUUCUCUUGUCCUAAUUGUCAUACAAGACAAGAUCACAACAUCAAAUGUGCCUUGGCAUUAGUUACUCCCAACGGCCUUUUUAAAGUGUUCAAUUUAGAAACAUAAGA